GAACACGUCGUGGCGAGGCUAAUGCUCAUUCAUCGUCCGUUUUGUUGAAUGGGUUCGAAUGUGACCGCCGGGACAUGCGACGCUCUUUGUUCAAGCAGCAGCUGCUCGCUUGCAGAACGGUCGUUCGAACCUGAACAGGUAACAGAAGCAACAGGUCAUUUCCACGGCUCGCAAGUCGGGCCUUAGCUCGGUGCGGCUCCGGCUAAAACUAUCUUUUGUUGAAUUGUUUGAAUUUGCUCGUUUGAAAAUCAUUUGCCAGUCGCGCUCCGAACGUCGCUGUGAGAGCACGCCCUGUUGGAGCGCUAGUUUAGAGUCGCGCGUAACUUUCGAACAAUCCUACGAAAUAUAAAACACGAGUGAUGUGCGCAAACGCACGCUUCGGUGAUUUUUUAGUUGGUAGACAUUCGUGACAGUACAAAUGUCUCCUAGCCUGGAAGGCAUUAUGUUCAACAGGAACACAAAUCUGUCGGCACGCCGACCACUGUUGGCGGAACCGCAAAAGCCUCCGGUGGUGGUUCCGCGCGUACCGCCCCGCGACAUUGGCCCACACCGGCCUCUGCCGGCGCCGAGAAACCUGCCCGAUUAUCGAACCGAUUACAGGAAACCAUCGAAUGUCGAACUUGAAAAGAGGCUGCAGGAGUCACGUGCCCGAGAGAAAAUCAGCUAUUUUCAAGACAAAGUAACUCCUCCCGAAUUGAAUUUGGACAGACGAGAAGCAGAGCUCGUGUUCAGGUUCGAUAACCACGAACCCACGGAAUACUCGACAGCACAAUACCGAGCUCCGACAGUGCAUUAUGCGAAACCUCCGAUUCCAGCAAAUGGGAUAGCCACUCGUCCUCCGGAACGCGACGGACCUUUUGUUUUCGGAAUACACAGUCCGAGUCAGUUCCCCAUCCCCAGAAAAGACGACGAUGAUUACGAUUAUUCCGAAGUGACCGAAGAGAACGGUCGUACUGUGAUACGCGAUGAUGAUUCAGAGGACUUAAACUGUUGUGAUAAAGUGAACGACUGGGCAGUGCGGGACAAGAAGAACAGGCGAACUUUAAAUCGAAUGUUUCAAAUAAGAGACAAAAGGAAGGUGAAAGGUGGAAAGAAACAAAAAAUUAAGUGUGUGUUGGUUGGUGAUGGAGCUGUUGGCAAAAGUUCUUUGAUAGCGGCAUACGCGCAGGACACGUUCCGGGAAGAAUAUCAGCCAACAGCAUACGACACAUUCAACGUUGUGGUCGACGUGGAUGACCGGCCUGUGUGCGUGGAAAUCUGUGAUACUGCUGGACAGGACUCGAUGUCUGAGCUCCGAGAACUGUGCUACCCAGGUACAGACGUGCUGAUGCUGUGCUUCUCCUUAGUGCGGCCGGAAACGUUCCGAUCUGUCGCCGAACGGUGGACGAAGGCGGUCGCUAAUGUGAACGCGCCGUUAAUACUCGUCGGUACGCAGAGCGAUCUUGUACAGGAUUCCCGAGUCGUACAAACUUUGAGGAACCGAGGAGAACAUGUGGUAACAGAAGCAGAGGCUAAAGUACUAGCUGCAAGGAUAAAUGCAGUAUACAUCGAAACAUCGUCAAAGACAAGAAGACAGUUGAAAGAUGCGUUUGACGCCGCGAUUUUAGCAGGGCUGCCAGUAAUACAAAGCAAAAAGAGUGUUUGGAAAAAAAUGUGUUGCUUGAAUUAAGACUAUAGCAUAUUUUCGGUGUAGAUGCAUGCCAAGUUAUUUGCUACAGUGCGGCAUUUAAUUAACUAUUCAAAUGAAAAAUUAAUAACUAUAAUUAAUGAUUGGGAAUUAUGGAAAACAUAAUAAAUCAUUCAUUUACCUUCCAAAUCAUUUGACUAUAGGUAUUUUAUUAACACUUUCACUGCUAUAUGUCACCGGUGCCCUAGGUGAACCGAAACUGAAGUAAUAAUAUCAAUUUAUAAUUUUCUGAAGAGACUUAAAAGACUAAAACAUACAUUAAAAACAAAAGAAGGUAAAAUUAGGCCAUCCAGACGAUCAGUAACAAAAAAAAGUGUGUGUGUGUGCAAGUCACACACGGUAGAAGUGAAACUUAUAAAUAAGAUAUAGAUAUAGAUAUACUUACUAUCCCACUACACAGGAGCAUAGAUAUGGACAAUGUUUAGUAGACAAUAGUGGGGAGGCUACGAAGAGUCGCACAAAGAGGAGACCGAGAACGUCUAAUGUGUUCUAUCUCAUUCUCUCGCCGGCUGAAUCCUAUACAUUUAUGUGUUUGCGUCUCUGUGGACUUAUUUUUUCGUUUCAUCGAGUUUGAAAUCACAACGAUUCUAAAGAUUUAAAGAAGUUUCACUUCAAAAUCGACAUAAUUACUUCAGUGCGCCACGUAGGGCACCGGCGACCUACAUGGCAGUCAACGUGUUAAAAUCAAGAAUUCGUAUAUAUUUUUGAAAAAAAUAUUACAUAGGUAUACAAAUACGUAAUGAAAUUAAACAGUAGAUAUUGAUGUACAGAUAAUAUGAUCUUUGUUUUGAUAAACGAGUGUGCCUUGAUUAUUGUGUAUGAUUUAUUGAACAAAUCAUUUUUUUAAAACAACAAUAUCACAAUUUGAUUGUGUGGUCACUAUAGAAAUCUAAUUUUUUCUUUGUUAUUUGGAUUUUUGUAUCCGAUGAAACGUUGUCUUUGUUAACACAUAUCAUGAUGAGACCAAUGUCAUAUGUAGAACCUCUUCAUGAUCACGGUAUUUGAAAUUAUAAUGCAUAGUGCCUAAGGUAAUCUGUAUGUAACGAAAGAAGAAUGUUUGUAAAUUAAAAUAAUUUUAGCUUUAAUUAUAAAGGAUUUCGAUUAUGUAAUUGGAUAUUGUAAAUAAUUGAUACCUACCUUACUGUAAAGCUGUUUUUGAUACUCAACAUGAACUGAUAAUUAUAUUUUAUUACUAAUUA